AUACUUUGACCCUUUGGUCAAUAUUCUCCCCCAGAGACAGAGCGAGACAGAGAGACAGACUGAAGAGGAAGUCUGCUGGAUCUGGUUCUGAGGUUCUGCUUGGACAUCUGGAUCAUGGUGGAACCAGGACUGAAACCAGCUGCUGUUCUACUGCUGUUUUUACUGCACAGCUGCCUGGCAAACUAUGUUUUCCUCAACAGCCAGCUGGCCUCACAGGUGUUGGUCCGGAACCGACGGGCCAAUCAGCUGUUUGAGGAGGUGAAACCAGGAAACCUGGAAAGAGAGUGCCUUGAGGAAAUCUGUGACCAUGAAGAAGCCAGAGAGGUGUUCGAACAGGCGGAUAAAACGGAAAACUUCUGGAUGAAAUAUGUGGACUGUAAAGGAACUCAGAUGCAAAGAACAAAAAGCAACAUCAACACUAUCAGACAGUGUAUCGAAGGUCAGUGUAUUUUUGGUAAGGGAGUGAACUAUGAAGGAAAUAUCAACAUCACAAAAUCAGGGAGACUGUGUCAGCACUGGAGGCACAGCUUCCCACACCCCAUCAUGAGGGAGUUUAAUACCUCAGAGCCAAACAGUAACCUGGAGGAAAACUUCUGUCGAAACCCUGACAGCCGUGCUGAGGGACCCUGGUGUUUCACCAAAGACCCGACGGUCCAGAAAGAGGCCUGCACGGUGCCCAUAUGUGGUGAGGUCUUUGUCCCGACCACUGUGGCCCCUGACCCAGUCCAAACCGGCGAGUGUUUACCCAACUAUGGUGUAGACUACGUAGGUGACCUGAAUGUUACCUUGGGAGGCCACACCUGUCUGCAGUGGUCAUCACCGAAGGUCAAACCCCUCAGCCGGGACAAGGAGUUCAUCCCUGAGGUCAACCUGCAGGGCAACAAGUGCCGUAAUCCUGACAACGACCCUGAGGGCCCCUGGUGCUAUGUGGAGAUUUCUGGAAAUGUGACGGUCGACUUCUGUGACAUGAACCUGUGUGAGGAUCUGUUGGUUGAUGGCCUGCAGACGACACAGACUGAAGGCAGGGAGCGCUCUGUCCUGACUUCCACCAGGAGACAGUUUUUCAGUCCUCGCACCUUUGGACAAGGAGAGAAUGAGUGUGGACAGCGCCCCCUGUUUGAAAAGAAGAGCAAAAAGGACACAAAGGAGGAUGAGCUGUUGGAGUCAUACAGAGAUAAACGCAUUGUUGGGGGUGAUGAUGCCGAGGUGGCCUCAGCACCAUGGCAGGUGAUGCUGUACAAGCGUAGCCCCCAGGAGCUGCUGUGUGGAGCCAGCCUGAUCAGUGAUCAGUGGAUCCUCACUGCAGCUCACUGCAUCCUCUACCCGCCCUGGAACAAGAACUUCACCAGCAGCGACAUACUGGUCCGCCUGGGAAAACACAACAGGGCCAAGUUUGAACGCGGCAUUGAGAAGAUUGUGGCGAUUGAUGACAUCAUCGUCCAUCCCAAGUACAACUGGAAGGAAAAUCUGAACCGUGACAUCGCUUUGCUGCACCUGAGACGACCAGUCACCUUCACCGAUGAGAUCUUCCCAGUCUGCCUGCCCAGCAGGAAGGUUGCCGAGACUCUGAUGACCGAAGGCUAUAAGGGGCGAGUGACCGGUUGGGGGAACCUGAAGGAAACCUGGAACCCAGCAGCAAGGAAUUUACCCACAGUCCUCCAGCAAAUCCAUCUGCCAAUUGUGGACCAGAACACCUGCCGCCUCUCCACAUCAGUCAAAAUCACAGACAACAUGUUCUGCGCUGGUUAUAAACCGGAGGACACCCAGCGCGGUGACGCCUGUGAGGGAGACAGUGGUGGACCGUUUGUGAUGAAGUACCCAGCAGAAAACCGCUGGUAUCAGAUGGGCAUCGUGUCGUGGGGCGAGGGCUGCGACAGAGACGGAAAGUAUGGCUUCUACACUCACCUGUUCAGGAUGACCAGGUGGAUGAGGAAGGUUAUCGACAAGACAGGAGGAAGCGACGACUGAACACAAAAACACAAACAUUCAUUUCCUGUUCUCACUGUACAAGCAAGAUGAUGCUAAUAAAGUCUGUUAACAUCCUA